AAGUUGUCAUAGGCCAUGGAGGGAAAUUGUUCCUGGUCACCUUCAUCCCUUUGAGCAUGUUUUGUUUUCUAAGCAAGAAGCUAUCAUGGGAGACCUUUUGUCCUUAUUCUGGGAGGUGGACCCUCCUCCCAUGCCCCUCAGUUUUGCCAUUCCGAGUCAGGAUGCCGAGUGCCGGAAAGAUGAUUCUUGUGGGACAAUAGGCAGUUUCCUGCUUUGGUAUUUCGUCAUCAUACUGAUCCUCGUGUUCUUCUCUCGGGCUUCUGUCUGGAUGUCUGAGAGCAAAAGGGAUGAAGACAGUGGAACAAGCUCCUCAGUGACUAAAGCAAGCAAAGAAGUUUCCUAUAAGCGACAAAGUAAAGAUGGGCCCUGGGACUCCUCACAAGUGAUGAAGAAACCAAAGCAGACCCAGAUCUCCAUGGUAACUGACUCUGAAGUGGCUUUGGUGAAUGCCUACCUUGAGCAAAGACGAGCUAGGCGCCAUUCCCAGUUCCACCGGGUGAAUCAGGCCCAGCAAGACAGUGACACCACUGAGUGUGACAGUGAGGAAUCUAACUCUGGAGUCUCCUCGUGGAAGGAGAGUGAAAGUGAACACCAUCCAUUGCCCACCAGUAUCAAGAGGAGAAAACCAGUGUCGAGGCCAAGAGAUCUGGAAAAUUACCAACUCAGGGAAAGGCCCUGCCUCCACUGCAAAGCCAUGAGAACCAAUGAGUGGCUGACACGCCACUUCCCGCCAAGCACCUCAGUAGCAGCCCCCGUGAAGGGAGAGACUCAAGAGGAGAGUUUGACACCUGGCAUCAACACAAAAUUAAGUAAAUUUUGAAUUUUGGUAUCCUUACCUUACUUGAAGUCAAAAGAAGGAGAUGAAUAAAACAUGAAAAUCAGAGUUGUAGGUGAGGAGACAUUUACAAUAAAGCCUCUUUGCUAACAACGAAAGUAUAAUUGGAACCCAAGAGGUCAAAUUUCAGAUAAAUUCAUUGUUCAAAACAAGGGCAGAGAAUUUUUUCAUGCCACCACAGGAACACAGAAGACUUAUCUUGUAUGAUCUUUUUUUUUUAAGUCAAAAGAGCCCAGGGCAGAUAGUCCAUACCCGAGGGUGUGUAUUUUGUUUAUGUCAAUGAUAAAAAUACGAAAGCUCUUUGAAAAUAUAUGUAUGUUGAGAAACCA